CCAGGAGACCCUCCUUCAUAAUUGUUUUUUAUUACUGAUAUGUCCUUUUCAUAGGGGAAAAGCACAUACGCCUUGACCUACCUGACGCACCUUAUGAAUUGUCCUCUGGUUCUGAGAAGGACGGGGACCUCAUGAGCUCUCAGCCUGCUGGGGACUCUGCCAGGCUGGUUGGUUCACAUCUCCAAGGCGGCAUGGGUAAGGCGGAGAACCAUGAGCCACCUGCACUGUCUCAGCUCCAUCCUGCCUUCCUGACGGAGCUACGCACAGUUAUGGGCUCCAUCAAAAGCAACGUGACUCCUCAGGGCUCCAGAGCCCAUGGUGGAGGUGGGCUGGCAGCAGUGUCUCUUGGCCUGGCCGGACGGGAGGCAGGUGAAGGUGACCAGCGCUCAGCCCAUAGCCAUACCACCUCACCCAACGGCUGCCCCGACUCUACAGACACAGAGAGCACAGCAGAAGAGCAGAGCACAAGGGCUACAGCCCCGACAAGUACCUCCAACAACCACCACCUCCACUACCAAACCCCAGCACUGCCCCGCAGCCAUCCCACCUCAAGCCCCAGCCAGGCCAAAGACUCGGACCCAGAGUGGGAGAGAGCGUGUCCUGUGCCCCCCACCAUCACAAAGAGAAGCCCCGUCUCACCCCUUUCCUCCAGGGAGACUGUGCAGGUGUUAGACAGGGACGGCCGGCCUGUGCGCACCUUCCACUGUCGGCACUGUCGCAUCCUGUUCCUGGACCACGUCAUGUUCACCAUCCACAUGGGCUGCCACGGCUUCCACCAACCCUUCGAGUGCAACAUCUGUGGCCACCGCAGCCAGGACCGCUACGAGUUCUCGUCUCACAUCAGCCGCGGGGAGCAUCAGGUGGGCUGAGGAGAGCCGACCGCUGCUCUCUAAAGUUGGAGGCUCCUGUUUGUUCUGCACCAGAUCAGUUGCUUUAAAUCCCUAAGAGUAAGUAAAAAGAAUUUGUGGUUUUAUUGUGAGAAUAUUUAUUAAACUAAAGCAGAGUGAAAAAUCUUUUCACCGCACCAUUUAAAGUUUAGAGGAGGCAAAUUAUAUUCUAAGAUUAAUUGCACUCCCAUUUAAAAUCAUCUGGCAAAACUACUAGUUUUGCUUCAAAAGUGCCUUCUUUGGGGGUUUCCUCUUAACUUAAAAAAACUGGAGGGGAACUGGUGCUCAAAAAUCUCGACUAGCCAUCUUUUGCUAAAUGAUGUAGUUAGUACUUUGGAGAGGUUGUGCACAGGCAGUUAAUGAAAGCAUGUUCAUUUUAAGAUUUGGUAUGCACUAAGAGCUUUUUUGGUUGCAGAGGGUACUUUGUGUCGUGUGUCAGGUAAGCUUAAUAUGCACUGAGAGCUUUGUGCCUCUGGGUUUGGGAUCAGCUUUUGUCACAGACGAAGCACAGAAAUGGAUUGCCUUAACUCCUACAGUAGCUGUACGCUGCUGUAGGGAUACAUUGUUUACAGCAUGUGUGAAGUCACCUCAGAAGGGAGAAUAUUUUGCAGCUGCACAGUGAGACUAUCAGGACGAAGCAAAGUCACAAGGGAGAUGAACUUGAGAACAUUCAGGGGCCUACAGGGCUCAUAUGUAAAAUUUGGAUUUUAAAGUGAGCCUUAGAAAACUGGUGCAGAGCAGACCAUGAGCCACGUAGUGUACAGUAAGACCCUGACUGAGAUGGCCCGGGGGUGCUAUACCUAUACGGGACUGCACUUUUAGGUUCCCUGCUUAUAUAUGAACAUCUUUGCUGAAGCACUUGAUGGCUUUACAAGUUGUUGUUUUUUUUCUGUGAUUGUUCUACUGCACUGAUAAAUCUCAUAAUACUCACAAUAAUUAAUUUGCAACACCAGUGUGUUUUUAAAACGGAGCCGGCCUUCUACAGAAUCCCCCAGCGUUGCACUGGUUUUGCGGUCUACACUCAAGUUUGCUGCAAUGUGUGACUACGAGAAUUAAAUAUCAGUUCAAACUACAACAAUUCUUUAGUGGAUUUGCACUCAGCAGCUGAGAUUUUAAACAAUUUGCAUCAUGUCAGUGGAUUAACAAAUGAAUUAUUUAAAAGAUUGAUUAACAAAUCAGUUUGGAUCUGUUCAGUUAUCACUUGUGAUUAUCUAUUUAGUGUUGUUUGUUUCAGCCUUGGUGUAUUUAAUCAGCUAUAUUCCAAAUCUUAUCCAGCAUAUUCCUCAAGUCCAUGAAAUGUUACCUCCUGCUUCUUUAUAGCACCCAAAUACCUUAUUGCUACAGUACGGUGAGUUAUCUGACAAUGUUAAUAUUGGGAACAUGAAUGAGACCAAACUCAGUAUUCUUACUUGUUAUUGUGGGUUUGCUGCUUCAUAGUUUAAUUUCCUUUGAUCGCAGGCAAAAAUAUACUUGAAACUGUUUGAGAAAAAAAGUAAUCUAAAAAUGCACUUGGUUUGAUAAGUAGAGAAAUGUGUGUGAAUGGAAUAUAGCAUGUGUGCUUGUCAUUUUCUGCUUUUUCCCUGAAUUGUGAAUUAUUUUUUUGAAAUGUGAAGUAAUUUCAAGAAGUGAAAAUGAGGCAUGGGUUUUUGUCUCCUUGUGUGGACUUUUCAAUGUUAUACGAUAUUUUGUGAAUGAUGUAACAUGACAAAACACUUUACCUCAAAGUUAAAGAUGUACAACUGCCUCAUUAUUUCAACAAAGUCAUGUUGCUUUCUGAGAUGUUCUUGCAGUUACAGAUGCGUGCCCCUCGAUAUUCUCAA